GGCUCACAGCUGAGCUACGAGGGUCGCUGUGCAGAGGCAGAGUGUGGGUACAUCUGUCCUGGGAGUUACCUCUGGAUCACUCGCCGGACAUACAGGACUGGAUUGGACUAUACUAUGUCGAGGAGAGUGAUGGGAUGCAGGCUCUAGCCAGGUACUCCAAAGACCUGGGGCACUCUACCACUGGUCAAACCAUGUGGCUUGUGGACCUGCCCCUCACACACCAAGAGUAUGGCAAGUCGGUGUGUUUCCGCUACUACGGAGGAUUGAACCUCUCAUGUCUCGCGCAGAGUGAGCCGAUGGACCUAGAGGCAGUGUACAAGGCGAGUAUAAAGCGGGAAUGUCCUCGCUCGGGGGAUCUGCUGAGACUCAGAGAGAAGGCAUCGUCUACAGGAAACUGCAGCUCUGAGAGCGAGUCUGAACCCGAGAGCUCCUCCAAGUGUCGCAAAAGAGGUUGGCGAUUGUUGAAGAAGAAGUCUUCCCUCCCCAACGGCUUUCUCCACGCUCCAGACAAAGUAGAUGACUCUGACACAGAUUCUUCUCGUAACUCUUCUAAAGACCUUCCCACGUGGAAUUCUCAUGAAACUGCUCAAAAGACACUUGAUCUCCCAGAGGACCAAGAGUAUUUCCCGAUUUGGAGUCAGAAGUCACCAGUAGCAACUAAGUCUGUUUAUGAAACAUUGUAUCCUUCUUCGAACGAACCCCCACCUCCGUUACCGCCCAGGUCCUACCCACCCAGGCAUCGGCCACUGGAGAGAACGAGAGCUUUACAUCCGUCACCUCACCAUCGGAGGCCUCCAGAAGUUUUGAGGAAGAACAAGCCAACGGGACCAGUAUUGCCUCCUAAACCAAAAAAAGUUGUUAAUCCAGAAGAUACUUUUGGCUUUGAGAUCGUCGAUACUGAUGAACUCUCUGGGGCUUCUAGUCUUCAAGAAAGUCUCAGUGUAGAAGGUGAGACUUCAGGAGACCCAUUGAAGCCUUGGGUGGCUGGGAACAACUUGGUGGAUGAAACCCUGUCUAGAGCAGAAGCCCCUCUGGCCACCCCUGAGCAAGACAGUAGUUUAAUAGAUACCUCUUCCUUCGAAAAUCUAAUAGACGAAGAAGACAUAGUAGAAAAUAAGCCAAUACAGAAAACAUGUGUUAGGCGAACGCCCGACACAGCAACCGUUUCUAGUCAAUCAUUAGUUAGUCAGAAUGAUAGUAUAGAGAAUAUUCCUAAUCCAGAGACUGAACCUACUUACGAAAUGCCGUCCAAAGAAGAGUCUGCGCAGGACUCGUUAACAGUUCCUGAGCAGCCAAAUACAUCAUCUCCUUUAUCACCGAACGCAGCGUCAACACCUACCUCAGAUUCGGGCAUUGUCUUGACGAAUUCCAUGUCCGACUCAAACCACAUGGUGGUGAGCACAAGGAGUUCUAGUUCCGAUUCAAUCGGGACUGAAAUCACUGACGGACCUGAACUGGUCAACUCUAGACCUCGGUCAGUGACAAAUGAGACGCCGAUACGGUCUCACAAACCUUUGUCUCGUCAAGUCAGUCACCCGCCUGACAGCACUGCCAUGCUGCGACUCACUGACUCCCCGAGACCUCAGAACCGACUUUUGAGUAGAGUGGCUGGAGUAACUUCUCCCACCAUCCCCCAGUGUCCUCCCACCCCCACACAUCACGCUCGCCCUGUCAGAGCUUCCUUUCAGAGCCCCAUUCUUCCUCGACACUCCACCUUGACAAGAGACUUUAACAACGCCUCAGCAGUCCCUCGGCCCGCUGAACCCACGGAAGAGACGUUCUCUCUCGAGCCUUUUCGAGAAGGAGUGGAACGCAGCUGGAACGAAGAGUCAAGUUGUUCCUCCACCUCGGCUCAGAACGGCUGUUCCUCGAUUCUUCCGUUGCGUCACAUGUCCUCCACCAGACUGCCGUCCAUCCCUGAACGAUCGGUCAAGGGUCAGAGGUUGGAGAUUGGCAGUGAUGAGGAACCAUUACCACCUCAUUGGGAGGCCCGUAUUGACAGUCAUGGCCGAAUAUUCUACAUUGAUCAUGUCAAUCGGAUGACCACCUGGCAGCGGCCUUCUUCCUCACGUGCUCGCCCAAUUAGCAACGAGCUUCAGAGACAACAAUUAGACCGCAGGUACCAAAGCAUCAGACGUACGAUCACAUCAAGACGGGCUGAGAGUGACGAGGGUUCGGGAGACAGUGGUGGAGGGGAGUUGUCGACCAAUCAGCUGUCAGCAGACCAAGCGGCCAGCAACUGCGGCGGAUCUGUCUUGGAAACUGUCAACCAUACUCCUUCUGUAAAAUUUCUGUCGAGGCCGGACUUCUUCUCAAUAUUGCACAUGAAUCAGGACGCGUUGGCGCUCUACAACCGUAAUGGGUCGCUGAAGCACAUGGUUUCCAAGAUCCGUAGAGAUCCCAGCACUUUCGAGCGCUAUCAACACAACAGGGACUUAGUCGCUUUGAUAAACCUGUUUGCUGACUCAAUGCGAGACCUGCCUCGCGGCUGGGAGACGAAGUUUGAUCGUAAUGGAAAGCAAUUCUUCAUCGACCAUACCACCAAGACAACAACCUUCAUAGACCCGCGGGUGCCUACUGAGGCGCCGUACUUACACCCGCACAAGCUUUGCACCGGGUGGGGGGUGAACGGUGCACGACGGCGCAGCCACAGCGCUGGUGAACAGGACCUUGCGUUUGCCCGAGCCCCAGUGCCCCCUCCACGCCCCCCUGGCCCCGGCACGUCAGGACUUAGUGGCAGAACCCUGGAGAUACCUACAGCAUAUAAUGAUAAGUAUUUUUUCAACAACUUUAAUCAAGGAGUGGGGGAGGAUGAAGUGGUCGAAGCUGGAGCGGAGGUCGAGGCGGUGUUGCGUUGGGUCCCGGAUGGAAGGCAAAUGUCACAAGUCGACCUUGAGCUCAGGCUCAUCUUCCCAGCACACUCCAGGAUAUACCGGCUUGAAAUUCAUUGCGAUCGAGAACUAAUGAUUGCACAACGAUCAUUCCUAGCAUCCCUUGUUCUACCUCACCUCAGUCACCUUCAUCCUCUGCGGGAUAUUUCCUCCCCAGACAGCAUCCGCGAGGAGCGAGAACAAAGAAACAAAAGGAGCACAUCCAAACCGAAGACAGUACGUCCCUAG